AUGGGUCGCAGAAAGCUUCUACCCAUUUACAUAGCAGACAAGGGCAGGCGGCGACAGACAUUUUUGAAGCGGAAGAAAGGACUGUUUAAGAAAGCUCGUGAGCUCUCUGUACUUUGCGGCGGAAGAGUUUUCAUGAGAAUCCACGACCCUGAAAAUGCCAAGGACUACUCCCAACAGGAAUUCGAUGGCUCAUCUUUUCUUCACCCUCAACAUAAUCAUGCAAUUGCUUUCCCAGUACAAAUGGAUCAGUUUGCAGCAGCAGGUAAUUUCAAUGGAGUUAAUCCAACAAUUUCUAAUUAUGUCCCUGUGCAAGUGGAAAUGGAUCAAAGGCACCCCCUCCCAGUACAAAUGGAUCAAAGGCACCCCCUCCCUGUGCAAGUGCAAAUGGAUCAAAGGCACCCCCUCCCAGUACAAAUGUAUCAAAGACACCCCCUCCCUGUGCAAGUGCAAAUGGAUCAAAGGCACCCCCAAUUUCUGAUGAGUGAGCAGGCAAAGGCAAAUCUAAGCAGUACUGGAGAGCUGCAGAAUGAUCAAGAUCCUCCAACAGCAACACCAUCAAUUCUUCCUCUUCCUCUUCCUCACAAUUGCACUAGUCAACAAGAAGAUGAUGGUCUUCCUCUUCUUCAACUAGAUGAAAUAAAUGAAAUGUUGGACUUGUUGCAGGAAGAUCCACAGAUGAUGUUCAACGAUCUAAGCUUUCCAGAUACGGAUCGUUGGCCCCCACAAUAA